CGUGCCGUAGUCCGUCAUCCAACCUAUCAUUCUUCCUCGUCUGACAUUGCUUGGGAAGAAAGGAAUAGCAUAGCGAUGGCUGAAGGCGGUGCAGAAGGCAAGGCGAAGAGGGUAAUGGUGGCCAUCGACGAGAGCGAAUCCAGCCACUAUGCCCUCGAAUGGGUCCUCUCCAACCUCCGCAGCUCCCUUUCCUCAUCACCUCUCGUCGUCUUCACGGUUCAGCCCUACCCCGAGAUCAGCUACUUGAACGCCGCCUCCUUCGGCGCUCCUCCUAUGGAGUUGAUCCAGACGGUGCAACAACACCAGAAAGAGCUUGCACUUUCUCUGCUUGAGAAGGCGAAGGAGAUUUGCAUCCAGCAUGGGGUAGUUGCAGAAACAAUCUCUGAGGUAGGAGAUCCAAAAGAAGCCAUAUGUGAAGCAGUUGAAAAGUUGAAAAUUGACUUGCUUAUUGUGGGAAGCCAUGGUAAAGGAGCCAUACAGAGGGUUUUCCUGGGGAGCGUCAGCAAUUACUGUGUGCAUAAUGCCAAGUGCCCUGUCCUCGUCGUGAAGAAGUCUGUAUGAAAAUUGAUUCAUCGAAACAGAAAUAAAUGUUGAUGGUGUUAUGUGACAGACUACAUUGAUAUUUCACCAGGCAGUGGAAUAUAGUAAAUUAAGCCAGCCUUGUAAAGAUUGUAUGCAUAUUAAGACAGAACACGAUUUGUUCGAUGUUUAUGCUCUGCGGCAAUUGGACAGCCGGAAGAAGUAAUUAAAAUAAAUCGGGCAAGCAUGUAAUCUUUUGUUUAUGGAGGCAUAAUAUUUGAUCAGCCACUUGAAGCAAUUAUUAUUAUGUUAAUACUUUCAAGCA